AUGGUUGAGCUGCGCAAGCGCAAGACGCCCCCUCCCGCGCCCGUGCGUCCAGCGAAGAAGGAGAAGAAGGCGCCCAAGUCCAAGGUGGAGAAGGUCAAGGAAGCCAUCAAGGAUAAGGUCGGAGCCGUGAAGGACUUCUCCGGCAAGUCCAACGGCGAGCCCUCCGGAGACUCCGUUGUCCCUGCGAAGGGCGCAAUUGCGCCCAAGGUUGGUGACACCAUCACGCUCACCAGCUUCGGUGGCGAUGUCGAGACGCAUGAGGGAACCAAGACCACGCUCGCGAAGCUGGUGGAUGAGAGCAAGAGCGGUGUCGUGCUCUUUACGUACCCUAAGGCUUCCACAACUGGAUGUACUAAGCAGGCAUGCCUCUUCCGCAAUUCGUACGAGCCCUUGACCGUCGGCGGUCUCUCAAUUUACGGACUGUCCACCGACAGCCCAAAGUCGAACACUACCUUCAAGACCAAGCAGAACCUGCCUUACCCGCUUCUCUGCGAUCCUUCCCAGUCGCUCAUCUCGGCCAUUGGCUUGAAGGGACCAAAGAGUGCUAAACGUGGUGUGUUCGUGGUGGACAAGACUGGCAAGGUUCUUGCGGCCGAGCCAGGAAGCCCUGACGGAACAUUUGCCGUGGUUAAGAAGAUCGUGGAUGGGAGCACUACUGCUGAUGGGCCGAACGCGCCUCCAGUCACAGAUGGUGCGGUCAAGGACGGUGAAGACGCAGAGAUCGCGAAGACAGCCAGCGAAGUCGCAGAUACCGCCGCAAAGGUCGAUGCUUAA